UGUAGGUGGAAAUGAGCCGCGCAUGCGUAAUACCUGCCAUUGUUUACAGUAUAAAUAAUGUCUGUCCACUUUGUGAAUCUAGGAUCUUAAUGUACUGAAGGUCUUUGCCACUUGAUUGCUGUGGUGUAAUUGACGGGUACGGAUAGGCAGGCCUAAGUAAGUUUCAUAAACAUGGCACGAACGAUCACCCUGCUAAUGCUGUGUGUGGCCAUUGGACUAACAGUGACACAAAAUCCAGGGGUGAAGAUCCGAGUAACAGCAAAGGGCGUUGAUUACGCUAAAAAUGUUGCAAGAGCUUCGCUGGUCCCACUGCUGAAUAACAUACGACUAGAUGAUGUUGAAGGAAGACAAGGAAAAACGUCUUAUAGGCUGCACAAUUUCCGUACCAGCAAUGUCCGAAUACCAAACAUCAACAUGCACCUCAACCCUGGACAACGUGGACUGACCUUGAGCUUGAGAAACUUUGGUAUAGACAUUCAUUUGGAUUACAGAGUGAGCUAUAGAGUCCUCUUUGCACGUUUAACGAACUCAGGAGGCGUGACGGUAAAUUUUGGACAAGUUGACCUUACAGUCACCAUCGGAAUAGACCAGUUUCAAGACACUAGCCCCAAGCUUGUAGCUAGAAGCUGCAGCGGAGACAUUGGCCAUUUUAAUAUCCACUUCCAUGGGCGAUUGGCCUGGCUGCUAAAUCUACUGAGAGGACUUUUCCGUGGACAAUUGCACAACUCUAUAAGGAAUAAGAUCUGUGAGGUAGUGGUCAAUGCAGUCAACAACGACGCCGCCAACAAGUUAAGACGCAUGACACUUGAGGCAGACAUAGGAAACAAUGUCGGUAUUGACUACAGACUAUUGGCACCCCUAUUGUUUACGAAUAAUUACCUAGAGCUGCAUCAAAAGGGAACUGUCUUCUGGAAAGCCGCAAGGAAUGACCUAUUACCAGUCUCACCAGGCGCUGUACCAGCAUGGGGGGAUUACAGUAACAUGUUUUACCUGUGGUUGACCGAGUACCCACUAAAAUCACUGGCCUAUAUAAUGCACACUCGUGGUCGUCUGCAAUACUCCAUGACAGUCAACACGCUCCUAGAAGAACGUAGAGAUUUUCUUAGCACUUCUUGUGACGACUCUCUCUGUGUAGGGUUUCUGAUUCCAAAGUUGUCUGAAGAGUUUCCCAAUUCAGUAGUGGCUUUGAAUAUAACUUCUAGAAAAAUCCCAGACGUCAAUAUCACUACUAACGGUGUUGGUAUGACAUUUUACGGUACAGUGGAUCUGUCCAUCCCAUCAGCAGGAUCAGUGUUGGUCGCAAACGUGACUGUUUCCUUUAGAAUACUGGCCAAUGUUAGAAAUGACCGUAUCGUUGGUCACGUGAACAGCUUCAGCACUAUCAUUGAAUCUCUUCAUUCUGUCAUUGGAGACGUAGAUUUGACUGUCAUCAACAAUGCAAUAGAGGAAGGCUUGACGUCAAUAAUAAUACCCGAAAUGAAUGCUGUUGCUGAUGUUGGAGUCAAACUUCCAUUGAUCAACGAUCUUGUGUUUCAAAGGCCAAGUUUCAUCUAUCUAGACGGAGCCUUGAUCAUUGGCACUGACGUUCAGUAUCAAGGAAUAGUCUGAAAAUAGAACCGAAAUUGAGUAAUUUUUAUGGCAUGCAAAAUUUAUCUUAUUCUGGAGAAGUUGUAAAGAGUAGUUUUUUUUAUGUAGAAAUAUUUCAACAUUGGUGACUUACAGCCUAAGUACAGACUUAGUGCUAAAUACUUACACGUGAGUUGUAUUCGAAUAAAUUAAUUAGUAAAAAGAGAGAAAAAAAUAAUGUGGUGAAAUUGUCAUGUUUAUUUUGUUUUUUAAAACGUCAAAUGGUAAAGCAUAUGUCAAUAAAAUUGGUUUACCUGUG